UUCCUCUCAUUUUCGUUAAUACUACACUUUAUUCCUACUUUUUUUCGUCUGAUUUUUGUCUAUUUAUUCGAAUUUUGAAGUAUACAAUUGUGCAUUAUCUGCUAUAUUUUUUUUUGACGGUUCGAUAUAUUAUUGAGCAUUAACUGAAUUUAUUCAUUCAUAAAUUUUUGUUUUAAUUACUGUAUUUAGAAUGAUUAAUUUUUGGAAUUUAGGGUUUGUUUGAAUUUGAAAUGAUGGAGUUGUUGAAUUUCGGAAGUUUUCGUCAAUUUUUUUUUAUAUUGACUGAAUUUUGACUAAGAAUUACACAAAUAUAUACUUGAAAGUGAAAGAAAUUUGUCAUUUUCGUGUGAUUUUUGAAGACUAGAAUGUUUGAAGAAAUUGAGGUGUUGUAAUUAUUGUUUGACUUUUCCGUUGAUUGUGUAUAAUUAAUUGGAAUUGGAAUUUUGCGCUAACUUUCUGUUAAUAGAUGAUUGAAUUUUGUUAUUGCAUUAUUUUUUUAUUGAAUGAUUUGAUUGUUAUUGGAUGGAUGAUGAAAGUUACGUAUUGGACUUCACUUUCACUUGAUUUAUGCUUCAAUUGGGUGGCAUUAGUUGUUAAUAUGGAGAAUGAGACGUUUCUUUGAGGAUGAGGGUUAAUGUGAUGUUUAAGCGCGAUGUCUUUGAGUCCGAAUGAAAGGGAGAAUGUGAUUUUGAAGCCGAAUGUGCAAUGAGACUUACGAAUGGCGGUUUGAGUACCAAUGUAUCGGCAUUUGUAAUUAGGCAUUUCACUGAAGACACAAGAGCUGUAUGCGCUGGUAUUUUUGGCUCGCUACCUUGAUUUGUUCACAGAUUUCAUAUCUGUCUAUAACACUAUGAUGAAGGUUGUGUUCAUUGUUAGCUCCUUGGCUAUUGUUUGGUUUAUGAGGUUGCACCCUGUCAUCAAGCGUUCAUAUGACAAAGAGCUUGACACAUUUCGUUAUUAUCUUCUCGUCCUUGGGAGCUUUGUGUUGGCGCUGCUAAUUCAUGAGAAGUUCACUGUGCAAGAGGUUUUCUGGGCAUUUUCUAUAUACUUGGAAGCUGUUGCUAUUCUUCCCCAGCUUUUCCUGCUACAAAGAAGUGGAAACGUUGACAACUUGGCAGCUCAAUAUGUUUUCUUUCUUGGGGCAUACAGGGCAUUCUACAUUUUCAACUGGAUUUAUCGCUACUUCACAGAACCAUAUUUCACUCGAUGGAUAGCUUGCGUCUCUGGCCUUGUUCAGACUGCCCUUUAUGCAGAUUUCUUUUAUUACUACUUUAUCAGCUGGAAAAACAAUUCGAAUCUUAAGUUGCCAGCUUGAGCCCAUAAUGCUGAAAAGAACAGAUAUUAAUGUUGAAGACUGGUCUGUUUACACCUUUGGCAUGAUUGAUGGUCGAGGUUUUGUGAUUUUGGUUGCAGUCCCAUGAUGCCAUUCCUGUUGGCAGUGGACACUGAUGACUUUAGGUGGUCUUGUAUAGGGAGCUCUUUUCCUUAACACUGAUCAGAUUAAACUCUAUUUGAGUGUCUUCAUAUAAAGCAUCUUUACACGUGUAAAAAUUAGGAUGUGUUACAUCAUACAUUGGAUGCCAAGUGGAGAUUUGGAGAUGUUUGUUAGUUGCACAAUUAAGGACUAGGUUAUACACAUUCUAUGAAAUUUGCAAAAACUUCAAAUCUUCAAUACAUGUUUUCUCAGUGAUUCGAAGUUCAGUUAUCUUAGUGGGGGUAGUUUUGGGAGAUUGGUUCUCAGAGCCUUGGUAGUUGAAAUUUGUAUACAUAAUUAUCUGUAUUAUGAUCCAUAUAGAAGGGUAGCAAUUGAAGGAACAUUCCCUUAUAGCAAUUCUGAUGAUCGAGAGGUGUGUCUCAGGUCUUAGAAUUGUUUUGGGGGUUGGAUCUCAGAGAAAGUUCGCAAAGAACUUGUAUUGUUCUGUGGAACUUAUUACUGGUCAGUGUGUAAUUUGCGAUGACCACUUUAAUUAAGGGUUGGCAUGUUAUAGUGAUCACAGGGCAGGUGAUAUAUAAUAGGGACUUUGUAUUUUGUCCAUGUGGGACAAGAACUAUGUUGGUUCUUAUGAAGCAAUUAAAUUGGAGUUGAUGAAUAAAAUUUUGCAACUCCAACAUAGAACGUAAAAUGAACCUGGAUCAAAAUUGAAUGCAAAGUCAUUUGGAGCUAUAGAACUGAAGCUUUUUUACCUGAAUUGCCAUGGUCGACUCGUCGAGCCAGAGUUUAGAUUUCCUGCAUUCUCAGAAUGGUAUGAAAAUCCAUAGAAGUGGAGUUCAUCUUCAUCAUGUACUAUAUGGGUGUUGAGCAAUCAUCUUUUGACAAUGACUUGAAUAGCUGAAUUAAUGAAUAUGAUCUGGUUCUCUUUACCUUA